AUGAGCACACGAAAUGAAGAAAGUUACAUUCACAGUGAUAGUGAUCGAACUCCCGUCGUUGCCUUCGAUCAAAAUGUUGUAACUUCCUAUCCGACUGGAAUGGAACAUCGUCCAAGGAGCGAUGUCGAACAGUUACAAAUAGCACUGUGGGCGCGAAAGGCAACUCCUCAUUCGCCCCUUCUCCUCGCUGCACCACUCUACGGCCCAUGCGCAGAGCUUGGGUGUGCACAGGACUCUGUUGCAGCAAGUGCUACGCGCCACGGAGACCCCUCCAUAGACGACGCUGUCAGUCGGCCUUGUGAUAGACGUCUUCGUUCGGCGAGUCUCUGUGGAGGAUUGUGUGACAAGGAAGUUCUUCGAAGCAUUAUGGACCAAGCAGCCUCAGUUGCGAAGGAAAGAAUUUUACAACCCGAGAGCCUCUGUUUUAAAUCAUUCAUUGGCAGGGCCGAAGUGCAACUCCUCAUCGCCGCCCUUCUCCUCGCUGCCGGCACCCUCGCCCAUGCGCAGAGCUGUGGGUGCACAGAGGACCUCUGUUGCAGCAAGUACGGCUACCGCGCUACCGGAGACCUCUCCGACGACGACGGCUGUCAGUCGGGGCCUUGUUAUAGACCGACUUCGUCUGACGGAUCCUUUAUUGUGGAUAACUGGGUGACAGAGGAGUUCUUUAAUAGUAUUAUUGACCAAGCAGACAGCAGUUGCGAAGGGAAAGAAUUUUACACCCGAAAGGCGUUCCUCGAAGCGCUUGAUGCGUUCUUUAUGUUCGCUCAGGGAGGUACUGAGGAUGACUCUAAGCGAGAGAUCGCUGCUUUCUUUGCCCACGUCACUCACGAGACCAAUCAUUUUUGCUACAUAGAAGAGGUGGAAAAAUCAUUGUCUUACUGUGACACGAGCAACCUGCAAUAUCCAUGCGUGCCGGGUAGGAAGUACUAUGGUCGUGGUCCACUUCAAAUCUCCUGGAACUACAACUACGGCCCUGCUGGUGAAUAUAUUGGUAUUGACGGUCUCUACAAUCCUGAGUUCGUCUCCGAGGACGUCAUCGAUUCCUUCAUGACGGCUCUCUGGCUUUGGAUGAAAAAUGUCCAUAGUGUUGUCAACCAGGGCUUUGGUGCAACAAUACGCGCCAUAAAUAGCGUUGAGUGUGAUGGUGGCAACACUGCGGCGGUGAAUGAUCGUGUUACAAUCUACAAUGACUAUUGCAACCAAUUUGGUGUCUCUCUAGGAGAUAAUCUUACUUGCUAAUUGUAUAUGUAUCAUGUUGUAAGUUUUCUUAUCAUGAAUAAUGGAAUGCAGGGGAGCAUGUAUC